CGGUGUCCCUGGCGCCGCCCCGCUUAGGCAAGGGCUAAGCAGGGGUCGGCGGAUAUAAACAUGUUCGCACCAAUACACCGAUACUCUGAGUGUAUUCACCGAUCCGCACCGAUUGCCAUAUCGUUGUGGUGGCGUAGAACGCAAGGCGUCCAAAACCAAAAAGCGUUACAGCUUACUGGCGUAAUCACAUUUAAGGACACCGUUCGCAAGCAGGCUCCCUUGUCCUAAUUUUGUAAUUGUGCGCAAUUGCAUCUCGAUUCCUUGGGUUCAAAAAUGCCUUUGUCAGGAGGAUUAAAGGUGGGAUCUUGUCCCACAUCCUUCCCAGAUGCCCGUGACUGCGGAGUAAGGAUUGGGCCACAUGGUUCGCCUUGGCUGGCAAAAAUGGCUCUGGUUUGGAGAACACCACAGUCUUGGCGAUUCGAGGCACAAAGACGAAGCUGGAGAUGAUUUUUGAUUUGGAUUUGUGGUCCUUGCAGAUUCUGGGCAUCCAGCAUUUGGCUGGGCGUUUCAUCAUUGGACUUGGAUUUCCAUACAAUGCCUUCUGGAACUCGCCGGCUUUAGGCAAGCUGUGGUUUCGAUCAAAGCGUCGAAGAUAUCAAUCUGCGCUGGACUACUUGAAGCUUCUGAAAGAGGAAGAGCCACAUCGAAAGAUCUAUGUAAGUGGACAUUCGCUUGGAGGCGGCCUAGCACAUUUGGUUGCUUCUGAACUUCAGCUGCCUGCAGUCACAUUAUCAGCUCCAGGGGUAGUGGAAACUGCGGGCCUUUUGGGCCUGGAACCCCUAGAGCUGCAGGACCUUACGGUGAAUGUGAUUCCUGAUAGAGAUCCUAUUCCUGCAAAUAGUGGCAAGCAAGGUGGUGUGACCGUUCCAAUCCCAUGCAUUGUUGGAGAGGCACCGGAGUGCCACAGGGUAUUUAACACCAUUUGCUACAUGGCUGCAACAAUUUGUAAUUUGUUGUGCCAUGCAGCACGCUGGAGCUGUCUGAGAAGCUUGGCAUUUACAGACCAACAUAUACUUGCAACAUGGGUUGGCAAUACGACACACACACACACCAAUCCAUCUACUUGCAGGCAUGCUGCUGAAGCAAUGUGGAGAUCCAAUCCAACGCAAUAUACCAUGCAACUUCUGCCCGAUGGAGGCCGAUCAUCAUCAUUCUUGCGAGCAGAA